GCCUCCUCCCUCCUAGCAGCCGGGUUAGGGUUGAGGACCGGAACCGGAAGCUCCAGCUUCGCUCUUGGGUCCCGAACCUCUCGGUUCUCUGGGCUCCGCUCACCCUUUGGGUCGCCGGCGGGGGGGGCGGGGGAGGUGUCUCGAGUCCUUCACUCCUGGGGGCAGCGCGGCCUGAGUUCUGGAGCCUCCGCCAUGGAGCCCGCCGCGCCAGCGCUGACCGAGGAGGACAUGGCCGAAGUAAAGAAGGAUGCUUUAGAAAAUCUGAGGGUAUAUUUAUGUGAAAAAAUCAUAGCUGAGAGACAUUUUGAUCACCUACGUGCAAAGAAAAUACUCACUAGAGAGGACACUGAAGAAAUUUCUUGCAGAACAUCGAGUAAAAAAAGAGCUGGUAAGCUGUUGGACUACUUACAGGAAAACCCUAAGGGACUUGACACUCUGGUUGAAUCUAUUCGACGAGAGAAAACACAGAGCUUCCUGAUAGGGAAGAUCAUAGAUGAAGUGCAAAAGCUGAAGAUUGUCAAACUAGAGUACCUGAAAGGAUUGCACUGUAGCUAUAUGCCUCAUCCACCUGGAGCAACAAAUAGUCUGUCUAGAUUAGAUUCUAAUGAGUGCAAUUUCUCUGACAAAUUGAAAGACGGAGAUGCCACUGUCGUUUACCAUCCCACAGGAGAGUCCAGCACAGCCUCCUUCUAUUCCAACAGUACUUCAUUGAAUUUACCUGUGGUAGAGGUAGGCAGAACCGAAAAUAGCAUCUUUUCAACUCCCCUUCCCGGACCUGGCGACCCUGGGGCACCUCCUCUUCCACUAGAACCACAGUCAGAAGAAGAAGGCAACUCGACUGAUAUGUUUCUUCCCUUAAGAUCACGCUCUUUUUGCCAACAGUGACAGCUUACCACUUCUUUACUUCAGAAAUAUUUAAAAGGGCUUAUAAAACUUUAAGGAAACAGUCACUGUAAAUGCUUACUAACAACCUACUGUAGCGUUUUUAAUAUAGUUUUAUCAUGCUAUGUAAAUGGAGUAUUAAUGCAUUUUUAGAGAAUUAAAUAUGAAGCACAUUUUGAUUAUGUAUACUAUUGUUUACUUUUCUUCCUUUUUCAUUGUAAGAGUUUCAGUUUGCUGUUUUUGUUUUUAAUAUUAUUUCAAUGGAAUCUUUGCCGCUGGGAACAGUGUCUUCAUCAUGUGGCCAGUUGGGUUGGAUUUGCUGUACUAAGCCAGUGUUUCUCUUAGGAUGUGUGCUGUAAGUGGUCAGGCCCUACCUAGUAGUUCUCACCAACUUUUAAGACUUCUCUCAGUAGACUUUUCAGAGUUUAGAAGUUGGCUCUUCCAUAGCUGAAUGUGUUGCAGGCUGCUGAAGCUCCUGCUAACCAGCACCAACAUGGGUCUUGUCCAAAGGGCAGCAUGUGAAAGGACAUGAUGUAUAUGAUGCCUCUACCUUCUGAUCCAACCUAAUGUGCCAGUAUCUCAAUUUGAUCAGAUGUGCUCAUCAGCAGUGACUUUAAUGCCUUCCUCAAGACACUCACAUGUUCUUAGAUUUUUUAUUAUUUCUAAGAAAAAACUAUUUUGUAACAUACCGAUCAUUAAUAUUUCAUGGAGGCAUUUUAUGUUUUUAGUUUUCAUGCUUUCAGCCUCUCCAGGUUGUUGUCUGGAGUGUAGAUAAAAUCUUAGAACAAUUUUUUUUCUUAUAGAAAUUCAGUUUUAUUGAACAUUGCUUGAAAUAAGUGGGGCAUUUGCUGACAGUCUUGUCCUGUGGUCUUGUCGUUUAUCGUAAUUGAAUGUCAUCUCCAUUACUCAUUUAUGUCACAAUUUAUCUCGUGUAAUUAAAUUUGUUAUUGUUUAUUAUCAGUUCCACCUGUAAGACUUUUCUUAACCAUGUUGAGUUUACAGUAAACAAGUGGCAGAAGUGCUAUUUGGUUAGUCAGUAAACGUUAAAUACCCAAUAUAUGCCCAGGUACUAUGCUAAGCAUUGGAGGGUGCACAUGUGAAAAGGUAAAAUAGUCCCUACCCUCACAGAGCUUACAAUCUAAUGGAGUAAGAUACCACCCAAAAAGAAGCUAAAAAGGAGUAGGGAAAAGAUGGGAAAGGGCUAUACCAGCUUUGGGGCAUGAUAGAGACCUAACAGAAUGCAGCCUGGUGGGAAAUGAAAAGGUGAUGGGUCUGGGCACCUGCCUCAAUCAGAGAGGCCCCACAGGCAGAGGGUAAUGAAGUGGUGGGAUUAAUGGGGCUGCUGCAGCCUCACAGGAGGAUGAGGUUCUGAGGCCGUGAUGGAGAAGUCACUAACAGUAUUUGUUAACAGUAUAAUAGUCUCAAGGAUACUACAGGGUUUUUUAAAGUUAGAUUUCUUUAAGAACCCAAAUACUCUUUUCCAUUUUUAGAGCAGUAUACCAAACCUAAUUUAUUUUCAAGUGUUUGUGAUACGUAUACUUCUAGAAAAUAAUUGUGAGUUGUCAGCUACAAACUUGACCUACUACAAUGUUUUUUAUAAGAACAGUUCUGAAGAUUGAAUUAUUUUGUCCACAUGUUACUCAUGAUUACUUGAGACAUUUUAUUACAAGAGAAAAAUUGGAAUUAUCUUUUAAAUGGUUAAUUUACAGAACAGUUGUCUUUAAAAUUCCUUAAAUAAUAAUAUUUUCUCCUCAAAUGGUCUUUAAAAUGUUUUCUAUCAGCUUUAUGUACUAUUCCUUAGGGUCUGUUUUGUUUCCCUGCCAAAAUAAACAAAGCCUACCUAUCAGCUAUAAAUCAUUCUUAGAUCAAAUUUUGAUUAAUGAUACCAGUGUAGCCCUGAUAUCUUCUUCUUCCUCCCUGCCCCCCCCCAAAAGUCAAUACUGUUCUUUGGGGGAAAAUAAUAUAAAUUCUUUCAGGUCAAAGAUUAUCCUUAAAGGUGUUUGUUUUACAGACAACUGAGAAUCCAAAGUCACAAUGUAUUUGAGUACUCUGAAAUAUUCCAUUUAUAAGUUCAGUUCUUAGACGUUUGCAGUUUAUUUUGGAUUGUUAACUCACUAUAAAUCAGUAAUAUAGUAAGAUUUUUGCUAUUAUAAUUCAAGUUUUUAAGAUAGCUUUAAAAUAAUGAAAUGAUUUCUAGGGCCUAAAGAAUACUUAAACUUAAAUUCUUAAGAACUGACCAUAAUCUAAAUGUUAGGAUCAGUUGAGAUAAUAGUCUACGCAGGGGUAGAGUGGAGCUGCUCUCCUGUACUGCGUCCUAUCUAUUUAAACAGCAUGUUGGCAUCUUAGGAUCUCUUUGACUUUAAAGCAGUAAUAAAUUCUCCUCACCUAUACAUUUCCUCUCCAAUUACACACCUCUUUCCAAUCUGUUCACGUUAUCUUUACUGUAGUGAUGGAUGAAAGAAGUUUUUAUAACCUGACUCUUGAGGAACCAUGGACAACAUACAUUUAUCUCUCAUGUGAGCAGAACUGUAGUUCUGGUAAUUACAGAGAAACUACAUUAGAUACCCAUUCUCUGUAGGAGUUUGUUGAUAGAGAAAUUUAGUACUUGCCAAGAACAUAGAUUACAUCCAAAGAAUUUUUGUGUUGGAUAUUACUAAGCUUAAUAUUUCCCUUUC